UCUAAUGUUACUACUAUUAGUAAAUUUGCCAGCAACUGUUUCUGAUUAAAUAUCAAAAACAUUUGAGAUAAACUCCAAUCCUGAAUCCUUGAUGAUUUAUAUUUUCUAAUAAAGCAAGCCAUAAUGCAUCAUGAAGAAAGCAAAAUGUAGAAGUUAUGGAUCGAUGUUCUCAAAGCACCCUCUUCCGCGAACCUCAUGCUUCUACUCCACAACCCCACCUACCUCAUCUUCCCCGCACAAACCAGAGUCUUUGUUGGUCAAGAAAUGCAUUUUCCUUUUACAAAACUGCGGCUCUUCCAAACUCAAACUCAGACAAAUCCACGCUUUCUCUAUCAGGAAUGGGGUCCCACUCAAUGACCCUGAUAUUGGCAAGCACCUUAUCCACAGCCUUGUUUCGCUCUCUGCUCCUAUGUCAUAUCCUCACAACAUCUUUUCUUGUAUCCGGAGCUCUAAUGUGUUCACCUGGAAUACCAUGAUUAGAGGCUAUGCUGAGAGUGAAAGCUCAGAGCCAGCCCUUCAAUUAUACCGCCAGAUGCGGGCGUCAUGCAUCCAACCUGAUACCCACACUUACCCUUUUCUUUUAAAAGCCGUUGCCAAGUUGGCAGAUGUAAGAAUCGGGGAAAUUGUGCAUUCCACAGUUAUAAGAAAUGGGUAUGACUCGUUAGCCUUUGUUCAGAAUUCUUUGCUUCACAUGUAUGCCGCUUGUGGGCUCGUCGAUAGUGCGCAUAAGGCGUUUGAAUUAAUGUCUGAGAGAGAUAUUGUGGCUUGGAAUUCUGUGAUUAAUGGGUUCGCUCUUAAUGGAAAACCUAACGAGGCUCUGACUCUCUUCAGGGAAAUGGGGUUGGAAGGUGUAAAGCCUGAUGGGUAUACUGUGCUUAGCUUGUUAUCCGCUUGUGCUGAGCUCUGUGCUCUGGCGUUGGGGAGGAGAGUUCACAUAUAUAUGGUGAAGGUUGGUUUGACUGAUAAUUUGCAUGUUAAUAAUGCGCUGUUAGAUUUUUAUGCAAAGUGUGGAAGCAUUAGAGAGGCAAGGAAAGUAUUUGAUGAGAUGAAGGAAAGGAAUGCAGUUUCAUGGAGUUCUUUGAUUGUCGGAUUGGCUGUUAAUGGGUUUGGUGAGGAAGCACUUGAGCUUUUCAAGGAGAUGGAAACAGAGGAAUUGGUGCCUAGCGAAGUUACUUUUGUUGGGGUUCUCUACGCUUGUAGUCAUUGUGGGAUGGUUGAUGAAGGUUUCAGUUACUUUAAGAGGAUGAAAGAGAAAUACGGGAUUGUGCCCAAGAUAGAACAUCAUGGUUGCAUAGUUGAUUUGUUGAGUAGGGCAGGCUUGGUAAAGGAGGCAUAUCAAUAUAUCCGAAACAUGCCAUUGCAGCCUAAUGCUGUUAUAUGGAGGACAUUGUUAGGAGCGUGCGCAAUGCAUGGCCAUUUGACUUUAGGAGAGUAUGCAAGAGCUCAAGUAUUAAAGCUAGAACCUGGGUAUAGUGGAGACUAUGUGCUCCUCUCCAAUCUCUAUGCUUCAGAGCAACGCUGGUCCGAUGUGCAUGUCCUCAGGAGAAAGAUGCUUAGCGACGGAGUGAAGAAAAUUCCAGGUUAUAGCCUAGUAGAGUUUGGCAAUCAUGUGUAUGAAUUUCUAAUGGGCGAUAGAUCUCAUCCUCAAAGUGACCAAAUUUAUGCAAUGCUAGCAGAAAUAACAAAGAGGUUAAGAUUGGAAGGUUAUGCUCCCCAUACAGAAAAUGUGCUUGCUGAUAUAGAGGAAGAAGAGAAAGAGAAUGCUUUAUCUUACCAUAGCGAGAAGAUUGCGGUUGCUUUCAUGCUACUUAAGACAGCACCAGGGACCCCCAUUAGGAUUGUAAAGAAUUUGAGAAUUUGUGCAGAUUGUCACUUGGCAAUUAAGCUUACAUCAAAAGUUUUUGAACGAGAGAUUAUCGUGAGGGAUCAAAGCCGGUUUCACCAUUUUAGAGAUGGGUUUUGCUCUUGCGGGGAUUACUGGUAAAUUGUACCCUGAACACCUCAUAAGAGCAGAUUCAAAUGCCGCUAGGAGUAUGAUCGAACAAUUGCAUGCCUAGUACCUAGUCACGGCUGCUGCAAAAUUAGCUUCACGGGUGAUCUGGACUUCCCAUGGAGAUUGCAUCAUAGCUGAAAACUAUUACCCUUAAGAGAGCUUCAUGAAAGUACCUUGCCUACAACCUUUCUCAUUUCUUAAUUUUCUUCACCACCAUUAUUUUAAUUUAUUUCAUUAGUCCAUUCCCAAACCAUACAAGAGUAAGAUGGUAGAUUAAAUCAAGAAUUAUUUAUCAUCUUUGUCCUUGUUCCCUUUGCACAAAUUUUAUGCUUCAUAAAAUGUCAAAAUAGACAAAAUCAAGCUAAAGCGGUCGUCGUUUUCCUUUGUUUUAACCCUUCAAUCUCUUGAAACACAAAACCCAGUUUUGAUUUUGGAUUUCCCCCAAACAUUUGGUAAACAAAUUUGAGGUAAUAAAGAUUACUUGUUGAGUGCUA